ACCGAGUCCAGAGCGUGUCGGCUCCUCUCCGCAACGGAAGCCGCGGGAUCGGCCUUCGCCUCCCCAUGGCCUUCCAUUCCUCGGUCGCUCCCAUCCCCUUGGCCCCACCUCCCGGCCCCGGAGCCUUCCACCGAGCCCACCGCCCCGCCGGAGCUCCCCGAGCCGGCGCGCCCGGGAGGAGUCUCGCCGCCCACUCGUCUCCCUCGCCCGACGUCGUGGUCACGCGCGAGCAAGGCAAGAACGCCAAGCUCGUCGCCGCUCUGGAGAAGCAUAAUGUGCACUCUCUGGAGCUUCCUCUUAUUCAGCACGUCGAAGGGCCUGUUGCAGACAGGCUUUCAGCUGUCUUGCGGGAUGAAAAGUUUGACUGGGUUACUGUAACAUCUCCUGAGGCAGCUGCAGUGUUCCUUGAGGGAUGGAAGGCUGCUGGAAGUCCUAAGGUGCGAAUAGCAGUUGUUGGAGCAGGUACUGCAAGAACUUUUGAUGAAGUAUUGCAAUCCAAUGAUGGACCCCUUGAGGUUGCAUUUUCUCCUUCCAAAGCUUUGGGCAAAGUUUUGGCCUCGGAGCUUCCAAGGACUAGUGAGACUGCUUCUAAAGUGUUGUAUCCUGCAUCUGCAAAGGCUGGCCAUGAAAUUCAGAAUGGGCUGUCAGCUCGAGGAUUUGAGGUGACAAGACUGAACACCUAUUCAACCGUACCUGUACAUGAUGUAGAUCCACAGAUUUUAAAGCUUGCUCUUUCAGCGCCAGUUGUUGCAGUAGCUUCUCCAUCUGCACUCCGGGCGUGGCUAAACCUCAUGUCACGGGUCGACAAGUGGAGCAACUCGGUCGCCUGCAUAGGCGAGACGACGGCGUCAGCGGCCAAGAAACUCGGCCUGGAGAGCGUAUACUAUCCUGCAACCCCUGGACUCGAAGGGUGGGUCGAAAGCAUCCUGGAAGCGCUCAGAGCCCACAAGCAACCGUCCAAGCCCCAAAGUUUCGGAGAGGAGCAGGGUUGAUUGACCGGCCGCUGUAGCCUCUACUGUAGUUGGUGCAUUUUUCAAGGAACAUGUGUUUUGUUUUGUUUCCUGCUAAUCACACACACGCUACGCGUGCUUUUGCACCGUGCGUGAAGGGAGCCGGGGCAUCAUCGGCAUGUAAAUCUGGUGAGGCGUGCGGUACGGGCACGGCAUAUGCACAAGUGUUCCCUGAUUCACUGCAACUUCUCUUCUUCAUUCUUUUUUAAGAGAAACUUUUCCUUUUGGCUAA